CGUUAUCUCCGCGCGCACAUCCCCGUGCCGUGUGCGCGUUCCGCCCGUUCAGCCCGCCCACCGCUGCUCUCUGCUGCCUGGGCGGACCGGGGCAGACCCGAUCCGACCAGUUCCGUGUUCUUUCCUCCUCAGCCAGUGUGGCGGAGCGGACGGCGAGUCCCCGCUCGGCCCCGGGAACCGGAACUCAGAGGCGCCGAAGUCCGGACGGAGGUGAUGUCAUUCUGAGGUUAUAGGUCAUCAGAGGAUCCAGUGCACUUGAGUUUCACAGCAUCAGCAGCAUCAUGGUGAUCAAGACGACAACAGACAGAUUGUUUCACCUCAUGGUUACCUGCUGACCUUUGACCUCUUGAGAAUUCAUGAUGGCCCUUUGCCUGGGGCAGGAUGGGCGGCCAGACGACCCUCGCUCUGGGACUCCUGGGAAACUGUGAUUUCUCCAGAACGCCUGCAGUUCAGUGACGAUGGAUUCUAAAACAAAGGACUAGAAUCUGGAAUUCUUUUGAAGUAUGGAACAGGAUUUUACGCAGAGUGACGGUAAAGAUGUCUGUACACAUUAGCCAGCGCGGCUAACAUCUGUGUCAGUUCCACAUGCUGACAUCACCUUUCAGCUUCCAACAGCAAAUCUGACCCUAGGUCAGUAUCUCAACACAUCAUCGCCAAAAGACUACAAAUAUGGCCACCACAGGAAGGAAGCACUUGAUCAGAGACUUUAAUCAUUUCAUCACCUGUUAUCUGUGCCGGGGCUACCUGAUUAAACCCACCACAGUCACAGAGUGUCUGCACACCUUCUGUAAGAGCUGCAUCGUGCAGCAUUUUGAAGAGAGUAACGACUGUCCAAAAUGUGGCAUUCAAGUCCAUGAAACCAACCCCCUGGAAAUGCUGCGGCUGGACAAUACCCUGGAGGAGGUCAUUUUCAAGCUGGUACCAGGACUCAGAGAAAAAGAAGAGCAGGAACUCGAAUUCUGGAGGAAGAACCAGCCAAAAGAAAACUGUCAAGGAGAAACGCUGAAAUGUCAGAGAAUCGCCUUACCUGAUGUUGGCAGUAAUGGCGGCGGCGAUGGCGAUGAUUGCGAUGGUGGAGGUGCUGAUGGAGACUACCACAGAAGUGACCCUCAGAUAGCCAUCUGUCUGGACUGCCUACACAACACGGGACAGUCCGGGGAGAACACUGUCACGCAGGACUUGGUGAAGAGGUUCAUCCGCUGCUCCAGUCGAGUCACUGUGGGAACAAUUAAGAAGUUUCUCAGUCUUAAACUCAAACUUCCGAGUUCCUAUGAGGUUCCUUCCUGUCACGUCCAGCUGGACGUGUUGUGUAACGGCGAGAUCAUGGGCCGAGACCACACGCUGGAGUUCAUCUACAUGACUCGAUGGAGGCUACACGGAGAAAAUACCUAUCCCAUGGUUCUGGAGUACCGGCCUCGUAUCGACUUUGGCUGAAUGUGGCUGUGAGAAGAGGACCACGUGCACACACACACGCACACACACAGACUUUACAAACCAUUAUGAACAGCUUCUCGGACUCUGCAUCAAAGGACAAUACGAGUUCCUGAACAGUACCAGUUCAUCAUCUGAGCUCCAAAAGCCACCAGGAAGGGCUGCUAAAUGUCAACGUCUUCAUACAACCAGCAGGGGGCAGCACAUGUCCAGUGUGAAAUAUGAAUAUUUAUGUCCAUAAAGUGGUUCCAUUAUGAUGACAUCAUGCCAGGAAGAGGUACAAACAUAUUUCCAAAAUAUGAAGGAAGUCCACAAAUGUUUGCUGGGAUUCUCCCCAACAAUGUGACAGAUUCCCAGUUUUAUGUCCAUCAACUCGCCAGAGUCCCGUUGCUCCAAACUUGGAUGACGGUCGUUCGGUUCGGUGAACAAAUAUGAAGUAAAUCCAGUGAGCAGUCACUGAGCUCUGGCUCCAGACUGACGUCCCAUCCCUCAUCGACGCCCAUCGGAAGAAAAACAAAUCAAAAUGAAUUUAAAAAUCAAACAAAAUGCAAAAAUUGUGGCACAAGCCAACUACAAAAGCUGAACUUGUUUCUUCGACCUGAAGGAACAUCGUCGAGAAUGUUCUAACAAUCAGACUGUCCAAACAGUUAAUCAGUUAUUUAUUUAAGCAUUUUGUUUCACAAGUCCAGUGUGACGGUAGAGCGCCCCCCUGUGGUAGCUGCAUUGGUGAUGACGGUGGAGUUUCAUAUCGUUGGUGUUUAUUUCAAUCUAGAUGGCAAAUAUAAACAAGACAAAGUGCAAGAAACAGCCUUCCGAAGGAGACCACUUCAUGUUGGCCACCAGGGGGCGCUAGCAGACAUGUUGGAAAUCAGAAGUUACAGCAGCUAACAUAGCCUAGCUGUGUGUGAAGUUAAAGUAUAGCGCCAUCUACAGCUGUGGAGGAGUGACUGUGAGGCCUUGCGUUCCUGCCGUUCUUUUUCCCUUUUGAGCUGUUCUUAAUGUUUACACGCACGUACACGCCCAUGAUGUGCAGAAAGAGAUAGAUUUAAAUGUAUUUUUGUACAGCGAGUGAUAAGGUGAGCGCGUUGUGAUGUGGAAGAGGUUUUACUCUACAUAGAAUAAUAUAUGCUGUAAUAUUAUUUUGAAAUGUUUGUCCCUGUGCCUAAAAACCUCUGAUCACAAAUGAAGUACGAGAAGAUCUUCACUCUGUAGAUUAAAUGUUUUAAUUUUUUUAAAUCA